ACUAAUUAUUAAUUCAGUCAGCUGAACACUUCAGCAUUUCAACCUAGAUUCAAUUCGACUUUUCCGACUGGACCUGCAAACUUGCCAAGGCCAGUUUAUCGCCCUCGGAGAUUUCCGACGAAUUCUCAGGUUUUUAGACAAACACAGAAUAACAGAAAUGUUUUCAAACCUAACCCUAACCCUACUUUGCCACAAACUACUACAAUGAGUACUUCUACUAGAAUUUCUCUCAAACCUGAACAUAAUUCGACAGCCCAGCAACAACCAAACCCAAAUUGGAUCGCUGAAGAGCUAUUCGAUACAGAGGCAGAAAGUAAUAACACCUAUGAAGUUCCUGGUAACGAAUAUUUUGUUUGCGAUCAAACUGUAGCUGAACCACAAAAUUCAGAUACGUAUUUCACUGAUCAAUAUUGCGAGUAUCAUACACAAGAUAAUCCUGAAUCUGAUCACGUAGAACCACCUCAUUCCAGAGGUAAUUUCACUUAACGCCAGCACUGCUAGCGAACUAUCCUACUGGCUGCGCCAGUUAUCUGACCGACUCAGACUACUUGCUUUUUAAAAAGAUUUAUUUUCGAUUAUCAAAAUACAAUUCUAUUGAU